AUGACUGCCGAAAAUGAAAAAGGAGUUGAAGUGGAACAGGAAACCAUUGAUAACCCUGUAUUUCUACCCAACAUCUCACGAUAUGGGCGUCUCCGUAGGUUGGUCAACGAGAAAUUUUGCGACCUUAUGGCUAACGAUCUAACUCACAUGAAAAGAAAAGUUCUUGCCGGGAUUGUGAUGAUAAAAGACGGUUCAUUGGACGACGCCGAAGUGAUUUGUGUUACGACCGGCACGAAAUGUGUUUCUGGAGAGUACAUCAGCAUCAACGGGGCCUCCUUGAAUGACAUGCAUGCGGAAAUUUUAGCGCGAAGAUGUCUGAUCAACUACUUCUAUAGCCAGUUGGAAAUGUUACUGGAUGAGAAUACUGCGCCCCAUUCGAUUUUCGAACCCAAAAUAGAUGGAAAAGGAUAUAAACUAAAAGAUGGCAUAGAAUUUCACUUAUACAUCAACACGGCACCCUGUGGAGACGCAAGAAUCUUCAGUCCCCACGAAGAAAACGUCUCUACCGAUAAACACCCCAACAGGGUUUCGAGGGGGCAGUUGAGGUCGAAAAUCGAAUCAGGAGAAGGUACAAUUCCUGUCAAAAAUACAUCUCCUAUUCAGACGUGGGAUGGAAUUGUUCAGGGAGAAAGACUUUUGACUAUGUCGUGUUCAGAUAAAAUAUGCCGAUGGAACGUCUUGGGGCUACAAGGGGCUCUGUUGUCACAUUUUAUUGAACCGGUAUACUUGAAAUCAAUCAUUCUCGGCAGUCUCAUGAGGGAGACCCAUCUUCAUAGAGCCAUCGGCAAACGCAUCGAAGGGAGUUUGCAGGGUUUGCCCCCUCCUUAUCUCUUGAACAGGCCCGCGAUGUGGAGGGCUACGUCGGUGGAAGUUCGACAGCCGCAGAAGGCGCCUAAUUUUUCCGUGAUCUGGACCUGUGGGCUGGGACAGCCCGAAAUCGUGAAUUCGACCAUUGGCAAGCCCGAAGAAGGAGUGUCGAUCGUGUCCAAGCAAAAAUUGGGCGAAAGGUUCGUCAAACUGUUUGGGAAGCUGAGCAACUUGUCAGGAAUCGAGACUCUGCCCGCCACGAUGAUUGAAGCCAAGGAGACUGUGCAAAAUUACACGGUACGUGGUUUAAUUAUUUCACGCUUUAUAUUAGCUUCACCUGUAUGCAUGUUUGUUUGUAACUCUUAA